AUGAAACCAUUUACAGGAAUACUGAAGAAUAAGCUAGAAGAACACAUAAAAACCCGCGAAGAACAACAGGGGUUUAGGAGAAACAGAUCAACAACAGACGCUAUAUUCACCGCACUGGCCUAUAUGUGCUUCAUAGAUAUGACUAAGGCGUUUGAUAGGCAUUCCAAUACUAGGAGGAAUCAGACAGGGUCCGGUCUCAGUCCGUCUCUGUUCAAUAUCCUCAUGGAUACAACUAGAAAAGCAAUGACAUCCAUGAACCAAGGGUACAGAAUUAACACCAAGAGAAUCAGCACAAUAUGUUAUGCGAACGACGCCGCAAUUAUCGCGGAGAACGAAGACGACCUCCAGAGGCAGCUUUUCAGAUUCCACCAAAUCAGCCACCGUCUCAAAAUGACAAUUUCUAUUAACAAAGCAAAGGGCAUGAAAAUUGCCAGGGAACCUGUUCGAUGUAAACUUGCUAUCGAAGACAAAAUUAUAGAACAAGUAUUACAAUUUAGAUACCUUGGCGUUGACCUGUCAAGUAGUCACGAUCCGGUCAAGGACCCCAGAAGCAAAAUCAAUAAAGCUGCGGGAUGGGCAAAUCAGUACAUGCGAACCAAGAGCAAUGUAAAAAUAUACAAAACAUGCGUGAGACCCAUUAUGACAUACGGCAUAGAGAUACGAGAAGCAACACAUAAAACAAAGUGA